AUGAUCAACUGCUGCCGCGUUGUCAUUCUUGCCACACAGUUAAUCGGUUCCCCCCUCUACUUGAUCAACAAAGAGUAUUACUAUUCGUAUAUGGCCUUCACAAAACAAAAUUUCGCGCUGGCAAUCACAGCCUUGACACAAUGGGGAAGCCCAACAUUAUACCGCACCAGUGGCGAUGAAAGUAUUCGGGGCCUUUUACAUAUCUCCGAGAGUGGUAUGCUGCAGAGUCAGUUUCCAGAGCGACUGGUUCUCAUUGCCAACCACCAAAUAUACACGGAUUGGAUCUAUCUCUGGUGGUUUGCUUACACCAAUGCCAUGCAUGGCCGGAUAUUCAUCAUUCUCAAAGAUUCACUUCGUUGGGUUCCCGUCGUGGGCCAGGGAAUGAUGUUCUAUGGCUUCAUCUUCAUGGCCCGUAAAUGGGUCUCUGACAAGCCACGGCUCGCACAUCGGCUGGGGAAGCUGAGAACGCAACAUACCGGCUCUCAGUCGAGCAAGUCGCAAUAUGAUCCAAUGUGGCUUCUGAUCUUCCCAGAAGGAACGAAUCUGUCGAUUAACACAAAGCGGCGGAGCGAUGCAUUUGGAGAAAAGCAAGGAAUUUCACCAUUAAAGCACCAGAUCCUGCCUCGGUCAACUGGGCUGUUCUUCUGCCUUCAGCAACUGCGAGGCACUGUGGAUUGGGUGUAUGACAGUACUAUUGCGUAUGAGGGACCUCCGAAAGGAAGCUACCCAGAUAAAUAUUUCACACUUCGCUCGACUCUCAUUCAAGGACGACCGCCCACAUCGGUCAACAUGCAUUGGCGAAGAUUCGCCGUUGCCGACAUUCCCUAG